GUCUAUGACAAUAAAUGCGUACUCUCUUUUAACUUUUAACAUUUUUAAUGUCCAAAUAAUUUAUUAUUUUCAACGAAUUAGAUUUUAAAUUCUAAUUGAUUUUUAAAUCAUACACGCACAGUACCUUGUAUUUAAAAUAAAAUCAGUUGUUUUUUCUCUCUUACAAAUCGCAGUUAUAAUUAUUUAUCAACAUGAAUGUUUGUAAUUAUAAAGUUUGCCAAUCCUUUUCAGACGUAAAAUCGGUAAUCUCAACCGAAAACAAUUCAUUCGAUGUCCGCAUUGAAUCAGAAUUGCCGGAAACGUCGACUACAGAGAAAUGUAUAUUAGGGAUCGACGAAGCCGGUCGUGGUCCUGUCCUUGGGCCAAUGGUGUAUGGAACUUCUUACUGUUCAAUAGACAAUCAGUCUGUACUAAAAACAUUAGGAUGUGCAGAUUCCAAAGUAUUAUCUGAACAAGCACGUGAUGAAAUAUUUGAUGGAAUUAAUAAUCAAGGCGAUUUACUUGGAUGGGCUGUACAUAUCAUAUCACCAACUACAAUUAGCAAUUGUAGCUUUAAGAGACAGAAGUGCUCUUUAAAUGAAAUUUCACACAAUGCAGCUAUUGGUUUAAUACAACGUGUUUUGGAUAGAGGUGUAAGUCUUUGUGAAGUAUUUGUUGAUACAGUUGGACCUCCAGAGAAAUACCAAGCAAAAUUGUUAUCAAUAUUCCCACAGUUAAAAAUUACUGUAUCCAAAAAAGCUGACUCUUUGUUUCCAAUUGUAAGUGCUGCUAGUAUUUGUGCCAAAGUUACUCGUGAUGCGGCAUUAAAACAUUGGAAAUUUAUUGAGAGACCCGAUGAAGAUAUUGACUCAAAUUGGGGAAGCGGAUAUCCAAAUGAUCCAGUUACAAAAGAGUAUUUGAAAAAAAAUGUUGAUGCAGUAUUUGGAUUCCCUAAUAUUGUACGAUUUUGUUGGUCUACAGCAGAAUUAGUACUAAAAAAUCAAGCAGCACAAAUAGACUGGUCUGAUGAUGAGGAAGACAAAAAUAAAACAUCAGUACCAAUUACAUCUUUUUUUGGUCAAAAUGGCAAAGAAGUACGCCAAAAAACUUCUUUUUUUGAUGAUAGAGGUCUAGUAGUAACAACUAACAUUUAGUACUAAUGAGCUGAACUAUUAUUGUAUGUUUAAUUUAAAUAAUAAAUAAUAAUUAAUGUUAUUUUUAAUAUAUAGUCUGAAGUAUAU